AGGAAAAUGGCCGACAAGAUGUCGUCGACAUGGAGAAGACUUUAUGUCGAUAAAUUAAAGGCAAGGAUUCGAUUAGAUUUCACUCUUGCAAGUGGACAAUCAUUUAGAUGGAGGGAAACAGCGCCUGGGGAAUGGACAAACGUGUUAUCAAGCUACGUGUGGACCCUUAAACAGGACGAGAGUGAUAUUUUGUAUCGUGUCUACGAGUCAGUUGUUGUAAAGAACAAACGAAUUUUAAAAGAAGUUCGUAAAUGUCCAGAACACAGUGUUAGUUGUUACUCAACUGAAAAACUACCUCAGUCCGAUGUAUACGAGUGCAUUCUACGAGAUUACUUUCAGCUUGGAGUCGAAACUGAAUCGCUCUACGACGAGUGGAGAGCCAAGGAUCCUCACUUUGUCAAAGUUUCAGAGAGUAUGCAAGGCGUUCGAGUUUUACGACAAGACCCAAUAGAAACUCUGUUUGCGUUUAUAUGCUCAUCAAACAAUAAUAUCCCACGGAUUAGCGGAAUGGUUGCAAAACUUUGUCAUGAUUAUGGAGAGAAUCUUGGAGAAAUUGAUGGUGUUUCAUACUAUAGUUUCCCUGACAUGAAAGAUUUGAAUGGGCCAAGAGUUGAACAGCACUUGCGAAGUAUUGGGUUUGGGUAUCGAGCAAAAUUUAUAAGUCAAUGUGCAAGCUACAUUCUUGAACAUUAUGACAGUAAGUGGUUGGAGACCCUAAGAAGUGUGCCAUAUGAUGAGGCCCAUGAAGCACUUUGUAAGCUACCAGGUGUGGGAGCCAAGGUUGCGGAUUGUGUUUGCCUAAUGUCAUUGGACAAACAUGAUGCUGUUCCAGUGGACACACAUGUGUGGCAGAUAACUGCAAAACACUACAUGCCCCAACUUGCAAGGACCAAGUCUCUUACUGCCAAGGUUUAUAAGCAAAUUGGUGAUCAUUACAGGGACCUCUUUGGGAAUUAUGCUGGAUGGGCACAAUCGGUUCUUUUUGUAGCUGAUUUAAAGAGAUUUCAAGAUACUCAAACUACCAGUUUAACAAAUUUAAACUCAAAAUCUGCCAAGAGGUCUAUGGAAUCCGACAUGCCGUCAACAAGCAGCUCCAAGCGUCCCGCCAAAAAGAAAAAGAAGAACCGGAUAUAGGCUAAAAACAAAGAUUUAUUUUCCACUCGUCACUCUCUUUCUGAGAUAGUACUGAAAUCUAGUCCACGCUAAUCACGUUAAGGUUCUCAAGUUCUCCUACAACUGAUAGAAACCGAAAUAAGUAAAAAUUUAGUUGGAUAUCACUACGUAAGAGAUUAUAAACUGUUCAUAAUCUCUUGCUACUUAGCCAUUUAAAGAUGGUGGCUUCAUUUGUCUAGAUAUUUUGAAAAUUAGCCAUUUUAUCACCUUUUGGAAAUAGAAUGCAACGUACACCAUAAAAGAUGUUGAACUACGUUCGUCACCCAUUGAGCGGAGUCUUGAGACUGGAGAGCAUUCAUUUAACUAGGUUUCUUCACUUUCGUGCCGUAGAAUAUCGCCUUUAUUGUAUGACUUAUUGGACGCCACACUCCAAUAAAAGCUGCAUACUC